GCCUUUGCGCAGACUUCGAAGAGGUCCUUCGCCUGCAGCAGGACAACAAGUCGGCGUACGAGGAGCUGCACCGCCUCAGCCAGCAGUUCCUCGCCGACGCGCCAGCCAAGAAGGCCGACGCCAAGAAGGGCGCGGAUCUUGCCGCGCACGAGGUCAUCGCGCCCGCUGUCAAGCCAAUACCCGACUUUGCCGAGACGAAGGGCAAGGCGAGGGAGCCCGGCACUCCCGCGCACAACCUCGAUGCAUCGCUUGCAGUGCCGGCGGAGACGCCGGAGGGUGCCGCCGCCGGUGCCUCGCCUGGAGGCCAGGCGUCGAAUCCUAGCAGCUCUCCGGUCGCCCGGAGCCGUGCUGCCCUCGCGCCCGAUGCCGCGCCAAGGUCAGAGGACUCGGCAUCUACCGGCACGCACGGCAGCGCCUACUCCGCAUCUGGCAUGCGUAAGCGCGGCAGCGCGGACUCGGAUGCAGACGUCGACUCCACGGGCACCGGGUGCACGUCCAGUCCGUCACCGACGAGCCGCUCGCGUCCGCUCGCGGCCGGCGCGGAGGGCCUCGAUGAGAAGGCACGCCGCGAAGUGCUCGAGGCGCGCAAGUUCGUCGCGAUGCAGGCCACCUUCGCCUACCUCUUCAGUCAGAUCGUCAAGAUCAACACCGGUGUCGAUGUGCCCUCGCAGCUCGGCUUCGUCGACACCGACGAGGCGGCCGCGGACGACAGUGGCGUCGAGCAGGUGCUCUCCUCAGACCUCAAGGAAGGUCGCGCCGCUGGCGUGGUCGCCGCUGCAGACGCUGCGACAGCUCCGACGGCGGCGUCAGCUGCGGACGACGCCUCGCUGUGCUCACAUCCGCAUCACGACCGAGAAGGCGUCGGGAACAAGUCUCCGCCGCCACUCUCGUUGCGCGACCUGCGGCGCGUCUGCAACUUCCUGCAGGCCGCGCCGGGCGUCACCACCUGACCCCAGGUCACCCCUGUACUCUUACUCCCCAAUGCAGCCCACACGUCACCAGCGAGUCCGAGAGGAUGCGCAUCUCAAUUAGCGGCCUGGCGAUGGGAAGAGAAGGGAACGGAUGAAGAGGGCGCAGAGGUAACGUGGCCGAGAAACGAGGUAUGGUAUGCAAGAGG